CUCUUAUAAAAGCAAUUUGCAUGUAUAACUUGCAGAACAUAAUUUAGUAUAUCAAUGGCAGCAAGACAGACAAAGUCGAAGAUACAUUCUGGUACAUUGAAAGAUAAGCCAGAACGUCGCUUAGGAGAUCGUAUCAAAGAUGGCAUCGGAGCAGGCAUUGAAGCUGCAGCAACUGGAGUGAAAAAUAUUGCUUCCAACUUUCUCCAGGCGUUCAAGGGAAAAGAUCCUCACCAUCCCUUCAAGAUGCUGCUCAUUGGUGAAACUGGAUCUGGCAAAACUUCAUUCCUCAACCUUCUCUACAAUUGCGGCACUGUACAGGCUCUUGGCUGUGGGUUCGGAACUGAGGCUCUUGAGCAAUUCAAACAAUUCAAUGACAUCAAACUUGAGAAUGCACAAGCACUCUCUAUGGAGAGCAAGACGGAUGAUGCUACACUCUACAAUGUGGAAAUAGGUGACCUGAAGGUUGGGGUGAUUGAUACUCCUGGAUUUGGUGACUCUCGUGGCUUCAAGCAGGAUAAAACGAAUGCACAACGAAUCAUCAGCGCCCUCAAGAAAGAAGAGUACAUCAACUGUGUUUGCCUGAUCAUCAAUGGUCGUCAAGCUCGAGCAAGUGCUUCAUUGAAGUAUGUUCUCUCCGAGAUAACUGCCAUCCUGCCGAAAGGCAUCCUUGAAAACGUGAUUGUUGUGUUCAGUAACACAGCCGACCCUCUGGACCUCACUUUUGACGCAAGCUUGCUGAUGGAGUAUUUUGGAAAAGAAGUUAAGAACAUCUUCUUUGUUGAAAAUCCGUACUGUCGGUUUGAGAAAGCGAAAGCGAAAGUGGGUCAACUAGGCAUUGAUAGAGUGGCUAAGAGUUUGCAAAAAGCUUUUGAAGACACCUCCGAAGUCCUUACUGACAUGUGUAAGACCAUCAAAGAUUUCCCUGAAGUUCACACCCAUCGCUUCGUUGAGCUCUACGAAAAGAAGAAAGCUAUCGAGAAGAGUGUUUUAGCCUCGCUAACAGCCUAUGACAAUCAAAUGACGCUGGAGAAGUCUCUCAAAGAUGUGAAGGCCGAAGUUGACGCUGCGGUGAAAUCAAAGACUCUCAAUAAAAACUUCAAAACUGUCCAGCGAUUCAAAAAAUGGGUUGUAGAAGAAACGAAUGACCACAACACCCUUUGUGGGACAAAAGGUUGCCAUAGCAAUUGCCAUGAGUCGUGUUCCCUUCCGAAGACACUAGAUAAAGAAGGAUUCAAGAGCUGUUGGUGCAUUGAAGGAGAUGGGAUGUGCCGAGUGUGUGGCCACAGCUACACCUAUCACUAUCAUGAAGAGUCUCUCUUUAGACAAGAAGAUGUUGUACAGGAUCUUAUUGCUGACGAUAUGAAAGACAAAUUUAAAAAAGCAGAAAGCGACGAGGAGCGAGCUAAAAUGCUGUACAACAAUCUUGAACAGGAAUUGCAGAAAUCUAUAGCAACAAGGAAGCAAUUGUCGGUAAAGCUUUCUAAGGAUAUCGCAGAAUUUGAGUCAUUGGGUGCGGCUCGCAACUAUACCAAGCUGAUUGAAAACCAACUAGCUGUGAUCGAGAGCCAUCUUGAAGGCACUGUUGGCACUGAUACAGAUGAUCUCCGCAAGACAAGGGAUGAGCUGGUGAAGAGGCUUAAAGUGAUUCGUGCUGCCAAGUCUGAAAGCAUGAACUAAUACUCUGAAUUGAAGUAUAUUAGAUAACAGCAGUAUAUAUAAUAUAGUGAGUAACUGAUGCGUUAUACAUUGCAUGACGCAUCUUAUUUUAUUCCUGUUGUGUACAGUUUUUUAGUUAUGAGAUCGAGAGAUCAAAUGAGUGUGACAGAGUCAUACAGAUAUAAUUAUUUCUGAAAUCAAUUCUAGCUAGAUCUUCA